AUGGGUGGAACUCGAGCCGCUCAUGUGUUUUCGAUGCUUGUGUUAAUCUCAUUCUUUGUUAUUGCAGCAGAGGGAGCCAUUGAGGAGUAUGCUCCUAUGAAGAUUCUCAUGGAUGAAUGGGACAUAAGACCUCCCAGUUGGGUGGGUUCAGAUCCUUGUGUUGGUGGCUGGGAAGGUAUUGAAUGCACCAAUUCACGUAUAACCUCCAUAGCAUUGGCAGAUAUGGGUUUGACAGGUCGGCUUCCAAGCGAUAUCGAGCUGUUAUCUGAGUUAGAGAUUCUGAAUCUGUCUUUCAACAAGGGCCUGAAAGGACUACUUCCGGAAUCAAUUGGAAAAUUGACGAAACUAGUAUACUUAAACCUAGUUGGUUGCAGUUUCUUUGGCCGUAUCCCAGACACAAUAGGAUCUCUAAAGCAGCUGUCUUAUCUAUCUUUGAAGAACAAUAGUUUCAAUGGGCUGAUUCCGCCUUCCAUCGGUAAUCUGACCAAUCUUUUCUUUCUGGAUCUUUCUGACAACAAACUUGUGGGAUCCUUCCCAGUCUCUAACAGGACUGCACCUGGUCUUGAUCAGUUAGAGAAAGCGAGGCACUUUCAUUUUCAAAAUAAUCAGCUCUCAGGCAUAAUUCCACCAAAACUUUUCAGCUCACAGAUGAAGCUGAUACAUGUGAUUUUUGACAGAAAUAAUCUAACUGGCAGCAUUCCUUCCACACUUGGACUUGUGCAGUCUCUGCAGGCAGUACGCCUUGAUAGGAAUUCUUUAAAUGGGUCCGUACCUUCAAACCUCAAAAAUCUUUCUAAAAUCGCUGAACUGCACUUGUCUAACAAUCAGCUGACUGGCCCCGUGCCCAACCUUACUAACCUGAAUAGCCUAAGCUAUGUGGACAUGAGCAACAAUACUUUUGAUGUAUCAGAUGUUCCUAGUUGGUUUUCAACAUUGCUGAAUUUGACGACAUUAAUGAUGGAAAACACGCGACUUCAGGGAGAAGUACCUCAGGCUCUAUUCAGCAAUUACAAUUUGGAGACACUGAUACUGAGGAACAAUAAGAUCAAUGGUUUAUUGGAUCUCGAAACCAUUUCUGGCAACCAUUUGCAACUGAUUGAUAUGGAAAAGAACUUCAUUACUGACCUUAAACCAAGUGCUGGAGGAUCCAACUAUACAUUAAUACUCGUUGAUAAUCCGAUUUGUGAGGGAACAAACAUGGCAAAUAACUACUGCAUUGUGUCUCCAUCAAAUUCCUCAAAUUUGAUACCACCAAGUAACUGUGCCUCUGUUGCCUGUAGUCUGGGCCAGGUUUCUUCCCCCAACUGUAAAUGUGCAUAUCCUUACACAGGAACUCUAGUCUUCAUAUUUGUUUCUUUCUCCAAUUUGGGAAACUUUAGUUACUACACAACUCUUCAAGACUCGCUCGUAAGAACCUUUCGGUCCUAUAACCUUCCUGUGGAAUCAGUUGCUCUGGGUUAUCCUACCUUUGGUUCAUCUUAUCACCUUGAACUGUUCAUACAAGUCUUCCCAUCUGGUCAAGAUCGCUUCAAUCAGACAGGAGCGUCAGCGAUUGCUUCUGUAAUUAGCAACCAGACUCUUUCGCGUCCAGGAUUUUUUGGACCCUACUCUGCUGUUUUUCCUUAUGGCAACUCAGGAGGAGGAGGAUCAAAAAAAGGCUUGAUAAUUGGUGCAGCAGUUGGUGGUUCUGUGCUUCUGUUAUUAUUAGCCCUUGUAGGGGUUUAUGCUCUCCAACAAAAGAGAACAGCAGAUGAGCAAUGGAGCAGAUCAAUCCCUUUGUCUGGGAUUUCAAAUAGCAGUGCCAGUGCUCCUCGGCUAAAAGGAGCAAUAUCAUUCUCUUUUGAAGAACUUCAGAAAUACACCAAUGGUUUUUCAGAAGCCAAUGAUGUUGGAGCUGGUGGUUAUGGAAAGGUGUAUCGGGGAAUUCUUCCAACAGGCCAAAUGGUUGCCAUUAAAAGAGCUAAAAGGGAUUCUAUGCAGGGAGGGCCUGAGUUCACAGCUGAGGUUGAGCUUCUAUCAAGAGUACAUCAUAAGAAUCUUGUCAGCCUUCUUGGUUUCUGUUUGGAGCAAGGGGAACAAAUCUUGGUAUAUGAGUACGUUCCAAAUGGUGAUUUGUUGGAUAGUCUUUCAGGGAAGUCAGGAAUCAGGUUGGACUGGUUGAGGAGACUAAAAAUAAUUCUUGGUGCAGCAAGAGGUCUGGCCUAUCUCCAUGAACAUGCAAACCCUCCGAUUAUACACCGAGACAUUAAAUCAAACAACAUACUACUUGAUAAAGAUUUAACUGCAAAAGUUGCUGACUUUGGCCUCUCCAAGUCUAUGGCUGAUAGUGGAACUGAUCAUGUGACUACUCAAGUUAAAGGAACAAUGGGCUACUUGGAUCCUGAAUAUUACAUGACUCAACAGUUGACGGAAAAGAGUGAUGUUUAUAGCUUCGGCGUGGUAAUGUUGGAGCUGAUAACUGCUAGAAGGCCAAUAGAGCAAGGGAAGUAUAUAGUGAGAGUGGUACAGAUGGCAAUGGAUAAGACAAAAUAUCUGUACAACCUUCUUGAAGUUCUUGACCCACAUAUUGGUUUGGGAACAGAGCUAAAAGGUUUAGAAAUUUUUGUUGAUUUGGCAAUGUCGUGCGUGGAAGAAUCACAGGAUAAAAGGCCUAGAAUGGGGGAAGUGGUGAAAGUGAUUGAGAACAUAACACAGCUUGCUGCUUUGAACAACUCAACAUCCAAUUCAGCAAGUUAUGAGGAUGGGAGUGGUGAUGAUUUGCUACCAUCUGUACAGCGGUCACGUCCUUGAUCAUACUCGUAUUGCAUAUCAGCCUGUUUAAACGCUUUGGUUAGAAUUUCUCUUGAAUUCGAUAUUGUAUCAGUAUCAUAUGACCAAUAUGUCUAUUAUUAGAUUCAACUAGAAAAACAAGCCUAGGUAUUAAGUGACAUUUAUUCUCCAUUACACAGAGCUUCUUGUUGUUGCUUAAACAACUUAGAAUAAGA